GUGUGUCGGUUAGCUUGACGGUGUGUGCAGGAGGAGGAGGGAGCCGCUGGAUUCCGGGGAUUAAAACACAACAACAUGGACAGUCACGGGAGAAAAGUCGUGGUUUGUGACAACGGAACCGGGUUUGUAAAAUGUGGCUACGCAGGCUCCAACUUCCCCGAGCACAUCUUCCCUGCGCUGGUCGGCCGGCCGAUCAUCCGCUCCACGGCUAAAGUUGGCAACAUUGAGAUCAAGGACCUGAUGGUGGGGGACGAGGCCAGCGAGCUGCGCUCCAUGCUGGAGGUGAACUACCCCAUGGAGAACGGCAUCGUCAGGAACUGGGACGACAUGAAGCACCUGUGGGACUACACCUUCGGCCCGGAGAAGCUCAACAUCGACUCCCGCAGCUGUAAGAUCCUGCUGACGGAGCCGCCCAUGAACCCCACCAAGAACAGAGAGAAGAUCAUCGAGGUGAUGUUUGAAACGUACCAGUUCACAGGAGUUUACAUUGCCAUCCAGGCCGUCCUCACCCUCUACGCUCAAGGACUUCUGACCGGCGUGGUGGUCGACUCCGGCGACGGUGUCACCCACAUCUGUCCGGUGUACGAGGGCUUCUCCCUCCCCCACCUGACCCGACGCCUCGACAUUGCAGGGAGGGACAUAACACGCUACCUCAUCAAGCUGCUGCUGCUGCGAGGCUACGCCUUCAACCACUCGGCCGACUUUGAGACGGUGAGGAUGAUGAAGGAGAAGCUGUGUUACGUGGGUUACAACAUUGAACAGGAGCAGAAGCUGGCGCUGGAGACUACGGUGCUGGUGGAGUCAUACACGCUACCGGAUGGCAGGGUGAUCAAGGUGGGAGGGGAGAGGUUCGAAGCCCCCGAGGCUCUGUUUCAGCCCCACCUCAUCAAUGUGGAGGGGGUGGGCGUGGCCGAGCUGCUCUUCAACACCAUCCAAGCCGCGGAUAUCGACACCAGAGCUGAGUUCUAUAAGCACAUUGUCCUGUCCGGAGGCUCCACCAUGUAUCCCGGCCUGCCGUCCCGCCUGGAGCGUGAGCUCAAACAGCUCUACCUGGAGCGAGUGCUGAAGGGAGACGUGGACAAGCUGUCGAAAUUCAAGAUCAGGAUAGAGGACCCCCCCAGGCGUAAACACAUGGUGUUCCUGGGCGGUGCCGUGCUCGCCGACAUCAUGAAGGACAAGGACAACUUCUGGAUGACCAGGGAGGAGUACCAGGAGAAAGGGACGAGAGUGCUGGAGAAGCUGGGAGUCACCGUCAGAUAAACCACCCCCACCCCACCCCACACUCAGCUGAUCCACACAUCACUCACCUGGGUGUUUCUGGAUGAAGUCUUUUAAAAACAAAGAGAGAAGGAGGGAUGAAGGAGGGGUAAGAAGUCUCAUGGAGGGUCAGAGGUCACCACCACACAAAAACAGUGUAUUCUUCAUUACCACUCUCACAUGUGUCUGUUCAGUACGAAGCUACAGCCAGCGGCCAGUUAGCUUAGCUUAGCAUUAAGACUGAAAACAUAGGGAAACAGCUAGCCUGGCCAGGCCCCUGUUUCCAGUCUCUAUGCUAAGCUAAGCUAACCAUCACCUGGUGGAGUGGAUUUCCAACUGUUCCUUUAAAUACUGUGACCUCAUGACCUGUGGUUCACUGAUAAUUUCUCCUGGCUGUUUCCAAGAUGACGAUGAUAAUGAUGAUGAUGAUGAUGAUGAUGAUGAUGAUGAUGAUGAUCCCUGAAGGUUCUUUUUACAAUCCUGAUCAUGAAGUACCCCCCCCCCCCCCCCUGUAUAAUGUUUGUAGAGUGACCUCUGCGCUGCAGGUGCAGGGGGUAGACAUGGUUCACUCUGGUUCUGGUUCUGAAGCAGGGAGCCUGGACCAACAGAUCAACCAGGUCUCUCUCUCAGACCUGAUCCAGGCCUCACUCCCAUCACUGUAUCCAGAUGCUGCAGUCACUGAGCAGCUCUUACAGUCUGUAGUUUGAACUGAGUGGAUGAAGUCAUGUGACCUGUCGGGUCAUGUGACAGUACGUCUGUCACGCAGCCUCCUGCUGUUUGAACAGAUUAUUUCCUAACGCCACAUCGAUCGAUCAGCUGAUUCAGUUCAAUGUUAAGUUGUGACAGUAAACAGUCUGACGAGACGUUUGAUGAUGUCAUUUCCUGUCACUGUUUGGAUGUCUCUGCGGCAGUGACAGUCAGAGUCGUCGUGAACCUGAUAUCUCAACACUUGGAGGGAACUUCUUUAAAUCUGUCAAACGUUCACUUGGACUUAAGGAUGAACUGGUUACAGUUUGGUGGUCAAAGGUCAAAGGUCAAGGUCACAGUGACCUCACAAAACAUGCCCCAUUCUUCUGAUUAUAGAUUGUAAAAGCCACUCUGUGGCGGUCCAGGACUACAGGACUGUGGCGUGUGGUGCUGGUCCUGGAUCAGUGUCAGCCAUUCCUCUCCACAGUCACGCACCACGCUCUCAGUUUCUGCUGAAGCUUCAUCUGUUUCUUUUUAUUUCUCUUUUUAACUUGAGUUUCUUUCCUUUUCUGGCGACCGGCUGUUUUCGUUUGUCUGUUACUUGUCUUGACUGAACAGCUGUUUCCGAACCGUGUUCAUGGUGACGCUUUGUGCCCCGAACAGCUGAUCUGGGGUCAGGGUUCACAGUUUGAAAGCGUGGCUGAUCCUGGGUCAGGUGUAUAACAAACAUAUCUAAACAGGAAGUAACGUCACAUGUUGGAGGAGAGAGGAGGGAGGGAGUGGCUCGUCGUCAGCUGAUGAGUUUUAGGGAUGGUUUUCCUCCUCCUUCCUCCUCAUCGCUGACUGAGGAUGAAGAUGAGUUGUGUGAGUAAGUGAGAUGAUAUUUGUAAUAAGGUCCUGGUGUGUAAAAUGGAGACCAUGUAAAAGCUGGUAUUUGUGGUUUCUGUCCAGGUUCUCAUGUUGUAUAUUGGAGCCACAUAAAAAUAUAAAUGUCUGAUUUCCUCUCGACAACACGGUCGUCAAGUGCCAAGUGCAGCUCUUCUGCUUCUGUUUGUUUAUAGCAGAGCUGCUGAUUUCAAUAAAGCAAAGUGAUUUAUA